AUGUUAGAAGAGCAACAGCGCGUAAGCGAGAGUGAUCUAGUGAAGGCGGCUGCCUCUACGAUGGCAGCAUUAGGAGGCGGUGACGACAAUGCUACUGAUACUUCGACUAAAGAAAACUCCUCUUCCACUAAUGCAGCCCCAUCAACAGAAGAUAAGCCCUCCACGUCCAUCCCAGCCUCUGCACUCCUAUUGGGCGGCCUGGCUGGCGUGGACGAGGAAGACAAUUACGACUGA